ACGGUGAAGCGAUCUUGCUAUCCCUACAGGCCUGUACGUUGAAGACCGGCAGAAGGUCGAAACUAGGGCGAUAGGUUAGAUAUUUGUUAGGGCAGAUUUAUGACUGAUUUGAUUAUCUAGAUAUACACUCACCUCGAAGAUAUAUCUCCGGGGGAGUUGCACGAGCCUUGUGUCGUCCUUACACACUUUAGUUGUUUUUAUCCGCGGUUAAAGAGCAGGGAUCAUGGCUUUGGUGGGUCUGAGAGCCUCCUACCACAGGAUGCUGGGAAAGAUCGAGCUUCUACUGCCUGCUAAACUGAGACCAGUGUACAACCACCCUGCAGGUCCCAAGACGGUUUUCUUCUGGGCUCCAAUGUUUAAAUGGGGCCUGGUAAUAGCUGGUUUAGCAGACCUGACCAGACCAGCUGAAAAACUCAGCACAUCCCAGUCUGCAGUGCUGACAGCUACAGGUCUUAUCUGGUCCAGGUAUUCACUGGUCAUUAUACCAAAGAACUGGAAUCUGUUUGCUGUCAACUUCUUUGUUGGAGGUGCAGGUGGAUCUCAGCUCUACAGGAUAUGGAAGUACAACCGAGAACAGAAAGCAAAAACUACUGUGGAGGCUUGAUACUGUUCACACAUCGGUGCCAUUUGAUGGACUGAAAGGGAAUCCAGGUUAUUCCUCAGAAAACUUCAGCCACCUUUUUUAGUAUGUUACGUUUUAAUCACCUAGUCUAGUCUAUUGUAAACCUUUAACCCUCUCAUGAACACAAAUGUCAUUGACGCACAAUAAUUAGUCCUACAGAUAAGUAGUUUUCUGUACAGUAGUUCUUUAAGGGAAAGAGUUGCUUUCCUAAUACUUUAGAUUUACAAUCUAAACACUUCCUAUAGACACCUCAAUUAUUGUAAGGUAAAGAAAUAGCUCAAAAUGAAUUGGAAUUCUUGUGACAUAUUUAUUUAGCUGGUGUACACAUUAAAAUAUAUGUUUUGUUACCAUCGUAUAUGAAAUAACAUUUGUUAGUACCCAUGCUUUUCAUCAAUCACAAUCAGUUGAACUGUCAAAUUGAGUUAAAAAUAAACCAAUUAAAAUGAACAUACUCCUAAA